GCGAACUACACAGUUUCAUCAAAAUUUUGACAGGAGCCCACACACGCAUCAAAAAUUUGGCGACUCGUCAAAAAAUAUCAAACGGAUUUGAUCAAUCAAAAUUUUGCUUCAAAUCUUUUUUUGACAUCAAAACGUCCUACACACACUCAAAUUUUGCAUCAAAAUUUUGAUGCAAAUUUUUGACGCUUUUUUUUUUUAAGGUGUAUGGGCCCCUUUAUUAGCAAUAAAAAGCUAAGGAACAAAGAAACUCCCUAACGAGAGAUCAACUACCCAUCGCUUCGCCGCUUGUUUACUAAGGACUAGUUAAUCUUGCUGUACGGGACUCGGCACUUCAACCAUUAAAAAUAAGACGAAUUAAUGCAUAAAUCAAGCAUAACAAGUAAGAACUAAAUAGAAUAUGAACUAAUAAGCGCAUACAGGCUGAAUAACGUUAGGAAAUAAGGUAGAAAGAGGAGAAAGAAGGAAGAAAUGAUAAAGAAACAACACAAUAACACAAGAAAUAUUAAAAAAAAUGGAUAAAUACGAGAUAUGAAAGAGAGAGAACCACAAAACAAGCAACAAAAAUUAAAACCACACCUAAACAAACCAAGGGAAAGGGAGGACCGUUGACAAAGAGGAAUAAUAACCAUAAUAACCACGAAAAGCAAGCGGCUGGCCACAAGAAGAGGAAGAGGAGGAGGGCGCGUGUGUGUUUACAUCACUCUGACAAAAACCUGAUAAUUUAAUCCACUAUUCCACGGAAAUUACGAAGUGUUAGACUACCUUAAGUGGAGCAGAGGUGGAAUGGUGGACUGAGGAGAGUUAGAGACGUGAGGAAGAUCGGUAAAAGGAGGAGAUAAGGGAGAAAAGAGUGAUAGAUGAGGGAGUGAGUUUGACAGACGCGAGGAGAGGAAGAGAGAGAGAGAAUGGUGAGAAACAAACAACCUCCACAGCAAUUAAAUGACGCACAGCAGAGGAGAAAUAACUGGAACCUGCUGGAUGGCGCUGCUGGACCUGCUGACCAUGGAGGAGCAGGAGAGAGAGGAGCAGGAGGAGGGGAGAGACAACCAGAUAUGGACGGAAGAGGAAGAGGAGGAAGACCACGGCAAGCUAGACAUGAAGAAGAGGAAGAUGAUUUGCUGGAUUUGAUAGUGAGAGAUGAAUAUGAAGAUGAUGAUGAUGAUGAUGAUGAUGAUGAUGAUGUGGACUUCAUACCAAGGCGUGUCCACUUUGCGGAGUUGGAUGAUGUAUAUGUGGAUGACGACGUGGAAGUGGUGGAGGUGGCGCGAGUUGUGCCCAGGCGGAGGCAGCAGCAUCAACAGCAGGAGGUGGAAUACGGCGCCUUCCGUGACGUGUUAGAUAAUGCUCAGUUUUACGUCCGCGUGGGGAUGGACGGUGACAGCGCAAGGAGGGAGAAGGACAGGAAUAUUGUGUGCUACCUCGGGAGUCUGUCAGUGGCCCUGCAGAACGCCAUGACGCAGGAGGAGAUGCGGGAGAUGCCAUGCAGUGAAUUUUGGCUGUAUGUCAGUGAAGAGGCGGACAAGAGCGCGCUGUACUUCGAGUGGUCGUCAGCGGAAGGCUCCCCAAAGAAAGCCAAGCAGAGGAAGAGAUCUGCCGACAACUUCCGGUUCUACAUGGUGGCAGGCACCCUCCCCGUGGACAUCUGGCAGGGGCUGGGGACACAGUGCCACUUUGAUGUGCGUCUGGGUGCCCUGCAAACCAACACCCUGUCACUAGAGGUAUACCUAAAGAAGGGUGCAUUGUUUGACCUGACUCAGCGCGGCGACAAGGCCAUCAGAAGUGAGGGCAUGGGAGCGGUGAUUGCACACUUCUUCAGCGUUGAAAUGGUGACCUACAGCGGCGAGGAGGUGCUGAAACACGACUUGGAGGAGCUGUACAGUGCUAUCAAGGCCCACCACUUUGGCCAGCAGUACAGCGCCGUGGACCCUCAGCAUCCGAGCCUGUUUCCUAAGCUCCGGCCGUACCAGAGGAGUGCCGUGCAGUGGAUGCUUCACCAGGAGAACUACGGGGAGGAGGAUGCCCACAGGAGGCCCACAGACGCCCUGCACUGCCUGUACACGGAGAUCAAGAGCCAGGAUGGUGUGGUGCUGUAUUUCAACAAGUUCGCUGGGUUCCUGGUGAAAGAUAAGCCCCUUGCUGUGCCACCAACACCUGGGGGCAUCCUGGCAGACGAGAUGGGGCUGGGGAAGACUGUGGAGGUGCUGUCCUGCAUGCUGUGUCACCCUCGCCUGGACGUCCCAAAGCCUGAAUACUUGGAACCAGUGACAGUUGAGGCUCAGAAGACGAGGAGGAGGAGUAAAGCAACGAAGAGAUUAACUGGGGAAGACAUUUUCACCUUAGACGCACCGGAGAAGGAGGAGGAGAAGAAAGAUGAGGAGAAGGAGGUAGGGAAAACAGAGGAGACAGAGAAGAUUAAGAGUAAAAGUGAGAGAACAAGAACCAGGGCACGCAGCAAGAGACCGGCUGGCAGGAUUAAGGUUCACAUUCCAAAGAAAACGGAGAGCAACCCAGAGGUGACGAGGAGCGGGCGGCCUCGGAGAAACGCGGCGAAGGUCAUCAACGGUUACGCCUCAAUGGACGACGACAGGGAGGAGGAGGACAGCGACGGAGAACCUGAGAUAAACUUAGAAGAGGAGGAUGACGACGAAUACGAGGAAGAGGAGGAGGACGAGGAGGACGAGGAGUAUAAAGUGGAGGAGAAGAAGCCGCGGAAAGUCGUCCUUCCACAAACGGCGAGUCAGAUAGUGGAGAAAGAGAUAAAGAACAGCAGCGAGUGGACAGCCAUCGAGUCUGUCAUUCUGCAGGAGUGCUGGGGCGGAAAGGUGGGGCAGUACAAGAAGGAAGGCUCGUUUAAGGACUUCCGCAAGUUCCUGAGGAUGCGUAAGAAGGAUCCCUACUACAUGAUGACCUUGAGGGAGCGAAUACAACUGCAGCAUCAGACGGAUCUCGCUCGUUACAGCGCCACGGAGAUCGUCAAGCGGAGAACGAUACAGAAUUUCUUCAACACGAAAGUGGAGCCAAAGACUUACUUCGAGUGCAUCUGUGGAGCGGCAGAUGUGGACACAGGGCGGUUCAGGGUGCAGUGUGGUGUGUGUGGGUUGUGGCAGCAUGCAGAGUGUGUGCAGUAUGAUGUGAGUGAUUCUUUCAGGGGUGCCUAUGUCUGUCCCCACUGCUGGACCACUCAGCCGCCUGUCACCUCCGGCGCCACACUCAUCGUCACGCCCUCCUCCAUCAGCUACCAGUGGGUGAACGAGAUCAUGAAGCACGUGAAGCACAAAUCAGUGCGCAUGUUGGUGUACCGCGGUGUGGCUGCGCACGGCUACACCCAGCCACACUGCCUCGCCAAGUUCGACAUUGUCAUCACCACUUACGAGACUCUGAGCCGAGAGCUGAACUAUGUUGACCUGCCCCACAGCAACAGUCAGGCCGGCCGCAGGUUCCGCCACCCAAAGCGGUUCAUGGCCACACCUUCUCCGCUGCCAUGUGUAGAGUGGUGGCGUGUAUGUCUGGACGAGGCGCAGAUGGUUGAAUGCACCACCACCAAGACGGCUGAGAUGGCACUGCGUCUGGCGGCCGUCAACAGGUGGUGCGUCACGGGAACACCGGUGCAGAAGACUGUGAAUGAGCUGCAGGGCCUGCUGAUGUUCCUGGGCGUGGACCCGUACUGUGUGCCGCAGUGGUGGACGCGCUGCCUCUACCAGCCCUACUGCCGGGGGGUGAAGGCUCCCCUGCAUUCCGUCCUGGCGCGACACCUCUGGAGGAACUCAAAAAAGGACGUUAUUCAUCAGAUCAACAUUCCACAGCAGACUGAGGAGGUACACUGGCUAUCCUUCACAAGGGUAGAGGAGCACUUCUACCAAGGCCUCCUGGCGCAGUGUUCCUUCGACGCCCACCACAGGCUUAACCGCUUCCCAGACGGCAACACCAAGCUGAGUUCCCUGGACCGCGCCACCCUUACUUACCUGCUGCAGCCUCUCCUCAAGCUGCGUCAGGCUUGCAACCACCCACAGGUGGUGAGGGGUCAGUUCCUCCCGCUGGCCCGCAAAACAAUGACGAUGGAGAUGCUGUUGGAAAACCUGAUGAAGAAGACCAAGGUGGAGGCGGAGGAGGCACACCGGCUGCUCAUCGCCUCCAUCAACGGCUUGGCGGCCAUCCACAUCAUCCGCCAGGAGUGGGUGGAGGCAGUGGAGGCGUACCGGGAAGCUCUGCAGUCCAUGGAGGAACACUCGGAUAUCAAGACGGACUCCCUGCAGCGCCUCCACACACUCCACAACUUGGCGGAGGUUCUGGAAGCCAGCCAUCCCGGUAUCCACCCCACACUGAGGGACGCCAAGCUCAAAGAGGAGGCUGAGGCAAUACGCUCCAAGUACCUCAGCCAGCACCCCCAGCAGGUGACAUCUAGCAAGGAGGAGUGCCUGAGCAACACAACUGCAGUGCAAGACCUCCUGAAGAGCUUUGUGUCGGACGGCAGUUGGUGGCUGGCGGCACUGCAGUCCUUCGACAACGAGUUCGUGCUGGAGGUCCGAGACGAGAUGCUGUCCUCUUACUCCCGCUUUGAGGAGAACAAGUGUCUGCUGCAUCCGGUCACCACACGCACGCACCUCCAGCUGGUUCUUAAUGCCGAGAUGAAGAAGCUAAACAGCCAACGUGACGACAUGAUUAAGGGCAUCGAGCACCUGCACACGUUAGACCGCGCUGCUCUGCUCAGUGGUGCUAUCGACUGCCACCUGCGGCCUACCGAGACAGAGCCGCCCCAGUGCCUCCUCUGUGCCACCCAUGAGUUUUUCGAGGACUACGAGGAGACCCUGUUUUCCAUGCGGGAGACCAAACACAGCCGCACCACCGAGGUCUCCAGGGAAACGCAGGAUGUCAAGGACCAGGCCGUCAUGCGCUUGGCCACCAGACGGGGACACUGGGGCCAGGGGGAGGUGGAGCGCGUCCUACGGUACCUGCAGACCAAGUGCCUGCCCCGCGUGGAGGAGGAGGUGUAUCAGGACUCCCAGACACACUUCCGCAUGCUGGACGCCAUGAAGAAGGAGUUUAAGAAUUACCGUAUCUGGUGGCGCGCCGUGUUUGACUCCGUGUCGGCGCUGGACGAGGUCAACAUGGCCACCAUACGGCUGCGGCUGCGGCUCCCGGACGAGGAACUCCCACAGCAACAGAAGGGGCGGCGGCGGGAGGGUGACGACCUGGACCAGCGGCAGGACGUGGUGCGGUACAUCUUGGAGCCGACAGAAAUCUCACAGCAGGAACUAAGGCUCAACUCGGAGCGUGUCGUGGCCGCCAAUGACCUCAAGACAAAACUCGGGCAGCUGCUGUACCUGCAGAACGUGGCAAAGACCGAUUUUGGCAAGCACGGCGGCCACAACCCCGAGCCAUGCCCCAUCUGUCAAGGGGAACUAGGAGAGAAGUGGGCCGUAUUGGGAUGCUGCCACAGUUACUGCAUGUACUGCAUCCGGGCGCUGAUCAACCAGGCAUCUAGCGGCAUCAACAGGAGUGUGCUGAAGUGCCCCGUGUGUCGGCAGCCCACACGGACCAGGGAGGUGUCCUACGUGGAUGUGCAGGCCAGUGUGGAGGAGGAGGAGGUGAAGGUCCAAGGCAGCCUGUCCACCAAGAUGCAGGGUGUGGUGAGGCUAAUGCUGAGGCUGCGACAGAGGGACCCCAAUGCUAAGGUGCUCAUUUUCUCCUCCUGGGUCGAUGUGCUGGAUGUCAUCGCCGACGCCUUCGCUCAAAACGGCAUCACCUAUCGGGCCCUCCACCAACGCACUAAAUUUCAUAGACACCUGAACAGCUUCAAGACAAACAGCCAGAUCACUGCCCUUCUCCUCCCAAUCUCCUCUGGCGCAAACGGCCUUAACAUCGUAGAGGCAAGGCACGUCGUUUUGGUCGAGCCAAUUCUGAACCCUGCCGCAGAACUACAAGCCAUCGGGAGGGUGCACCGCAUAGGCCAAACCAAGGAGACAACUGUGCAUCGAUUCCUGGUACGUAAGACAAUUGAGGAGAGAAUGUAUCAUAUUUUAAGACACCAUUGUAAUCUCUCGGACACCGGCCAGCACACAGAUGAAAACACAGUGACCAUUGAAGACCUCAGGAACCUCUUUCGUCACCCUGAGGAGCUUGAGCUGGAAAAGGAGCUGGAGAGGAGGGAAACUGAGAACGCUGGUGGUGAUAAUCGUCCUGGGGCUCCGAGUGGUGUUGGUGGUGCACGGGGCGGUGAUGGAGUGGAUGAAGGGACAAGGGAUGGUGACAAUGGUGAUGAAAUGGAUAUAUUAGAUGAGAUGUGUGGGGUGAGGGAACUAGAGGAGGGAAAUAACAGUAGACUUGAUGGUGAUAGGGACACCAGUACAAGUAGAGAUGGUGAUGAUGGUGAUGGUGAUGGUGGUGGUGAUGAUGGUGAAAUGAGUUGAGGUGAGCAAAAAAGAGGAAAAUAAGUUUGAGAUUAAGUUGAUGUGGUGACAGUUAGUUGAUGGUGAAUAGUGAAGGGAAGAGAGGUGUUUCUGCUGCAGGUGAUUGUGGUAGAGUAGUGAAGUAUGAUGGUGUUGAGUUGAGGUAAGAGAGAUGGAUUGAUGGAAAGUUGAGGCGAGCUGGGGAACAAAAUAUUGAUGCUGAAGUUCAUGAAAGGAAUAGAAGGGAUGAUUAAGGAAAGAUUGUUAAGGAAGAAAGAUUAUGAAGCAAAAAAAUAUUCAGAGUUUAGUUUUUUUGUGUGAAUAAUUGAAGUGAUGAUGUGAGGAACUAAAUACUGAUGCUAAAAUUGAUGGUAGGAAUAGAAGCGGUGAUUUAGUAAAGAUUGGUAAGGAAGCAAGAUUAUGAAGCAAAAAAAUAUUCAGAGUUUAGUUUUUUUGUGUGAAUAAUUGAAGUGAUGAUGUGAGGAACUAAAUACUGAUGCUAAAAAUUGAUGGUAGGAAUAGAAGCGGUGAUUUAGUAAAGAUUGGUAAGGAAGCAAGAUUAUGAAGCAAAAAAUAACCAGUGUUUAGUUUUUGUGUGAAUAAUUGAAGUGAUGAUCUGAGGAACUAAAUAUUGAUGCUAAAAUUGAUGGCAGCAAAGAAUAGAAGAGGUGAUUAAGUGAAGAUUGGUGAGGAAACUGAAAUAUUUAACCUGAAGGACAAAGAUUAUGAAGAGACAUUGAGGAAUUUAAGUUCGUGUGUGAAAAACUUACAAUUAACAAGAAUUUUGUGGGUUUUUUUAUAAGGAAACAAUUUUAACAAAAGAUUAUGAAGCAGAAAAAAAAAAAUUAAGUUUGUGUCUAAAAAAAAUGAAAAUUCUAAAAUUUUGAUAAGUUUACGAAUUUCCCAAACAAGACUUGGAAAGGCGAUGAACUUACAAACUGAAAACCUUAACUGUAUGUAUGUAACUUUACCAGAACACAAGAAAUCUAGUUUAUUUUAAUAUGGCUAUAAUUUAGGAAUGAAAAAACAGGAUAUGUGUACGAUCCUAAUCCCACUUCAUAUCCGACAAGAAAAAAAACACUUAGAAAUACAAAAACAGAAGAAAAAUGAAAAAGAAAAUAUGUAUAAACCUUUUCUGACUACCUAAAUGUUUAUAAGGCAACAAGCAGCAAGGGCCACAAGUCUUAUCACCUUCCUCACUUAUUUCCUGCAAUUUUCCAAGUUUCCCCUGCAAUCUAACAUCCACAAAUCCACUAAGAAUAUCCAUUAUGCUAUUUUAAACAACUGACAGAAGAUUUGAUAACACAAGAAGAUGAGAAGAUGCAAAAUGAUGGGAUUAAUUGUGGCGGUGUUCAAAACUUGUGUCCCUGUCUGUACUUGUGAUAGUGUAGGUGUGGUGGGAGUGUUGAAGGAAAGACUUGUGCAUGUGGGAGUAUGUGGGUCACUGCCAAGUCUCAGGUGAAGAGCAGUGCUGGAUUGGCUUGCAGGAAUUGUGUUUGGUGUUUCUGAAGUGUUGUGAGAUAGAAAUUUGGUCUGGUUGGAUGAUUGGUGUUGUCAGUUGUUGGAAAGGUGUUUGGGUGUUGGAGAAGUUGUAACUGGUGUUGGAUUUUACAGCCGUGUCUUGUGUUGUGAAGGACGUGUCUGGUUGCUUGAGAAGUGAGUGUUAGUUCUUGUGCUCUGAAAAAUACGGUUUAAUUUGAAACUUGCUGUUUUGGGCUGAAGAAAAAGUACUGUUUUGAUUUUUUAGAGUGGUGUUUGAUUUGAAAAAAAAAAAAGGAUGUUUUAGUUUCUUUAAAAGUGGAAAUACAUGUGAGAAAUAUUUGAGUUUAAAAGUGGCAUUGUGGAUUUGUGUUUUAAAAAGUGAGAUUGCAUUUGUUUUUAAGUGGCAUUAGAUCCAGAAAGAAUGUUUUGUUUUAGAAGUGGCAUUGUAUCUGAAAUGUGCUUGUUUUUAAAAGUGGCAUUAGCUUCAGAAAAAACGUUUUAUUUUAGAAGUGGCGUUGCAUUGAAAUGUGUUUGUUUUUAAGUGGCAUUGGAACCAGAAAGAAAAAUGCUUAGUGUUUUAUAAAGUGACAUUGCACCUUAAAAAAAAAAAAAAAAAGCCUUAAAAAUUUAAAAUACAAAUGGUAUCUACCCUUUAGAAAAGUAUUACCUGAAAGUGUCAUUGCAUUGAAAACGGAAGUAUUUGACAUCCAAAAGAAGAAGAACACAAGCUGAACAAACCACCAAAAGAACACAAGCAAAACUGUGUCGCAGGGAUACAUGAAACCCUCUUUGGUUCGUCAAGUUACUGAGAAAACCCUGCUCAGUUUUUACAUUGUGCUGAUGUUUGAGAGAAGAAGUAGUAAUUGUAGUAACUUUUAUGUUAGUACUGCGAGAGUCAGUAGCACCAGUAGGCAUAGCAACGCGUGUGUGUGGGUGCUGAGUGCUGCUAGACUCCUUGAACUGUGUAAUUGAUAAGAGUAUUUCGUCAAGAGAGAGGAAGUUAGACACAUUGAGAUAUACAUGUUUUGAAGGCUGGCAGAUAGGUAGGGUAUAGAAAUUCAUGGUAGAACUACAGAUAAACAGAUAAAGGUACAGAUGCACAGAUAAAGGUACAGAUACACAGAUAGAACUACAGAUAUUUGACAAGACUACAGAUGUUUCAGAUAAAUCUACAGAUAUUUGAGAUAAAACUACAGAUAUUUGAGAUAAAACCACAGAUAUUUGAGAUAAAACUACAGAUAUUUGAGAUAAAACUACAGAUAUUUCAGAUAAAACUAGUGAUAUUUCAGAUAAAACUACAGAUAUUUCAGAUAAAACUAGAUAUUUGAGAUAAAACUACAGAUAUUUGACAUAAAAGCCCAUAGAUACUCAGACAGACAGACAGACAAAAGAAAAAUAAAUAAAUAGAAGCAGAUUGACUGAUAAAAUAAAUAAAUAAUAGUAAUGAAUAGAGACAAAGAAAGAAAUAAACAAAGAUAGAUAAAAAAUAAUAAAUAUAAAAAAAACUGACUGACAAAGAUAAACAAGAAUAAAUAGAUGAAUAAAGAUAAUGAAAAAAAUAAUAAAUAAAUAAAUAAAUAAAUAAAAAUGAAUAGACAAGAAUUAUUAUCACCACCACCACCACCACAUCACCACCACCACACAAGUCCCUCCAUGUGACUCACCACAGUUCACCACACCAGUUGGCCACCACAACACCACACUACCACAUCACUGCCACAUUGUCACUGCCACCACCACCACCACUGCCACUACCACCACCACUGCCACCACCACCACCACUACCUUGUUAUUUUGUGUUAGAGUUUCAAUCUUGAUUUUUAUUUUUUUAUUUAUUUUUUUUUCAAUCUUAAUUAUUCAUCUUCUCUUCUCUUUCUUUCUUUCAUCUAAAUUAAUCUUAUCUUUUCCUUCUCUUUCUCUUCAUUUUCUUCUCUCUCUCUCUCUCUCAUCUCCUAAAUUAUUAUUCUUUGUCUCUUCUGUUUUCUUGUUCUUCUCUUUAUCCUUCUUUUCUUUCUUAAAAUAUGCUUCUCUCUCUCUCUCUCUCUCUCUCUCUCUCUCUCUCUCUCUCUCUCUCUCUCUCUCUCUCUCUCUUCUUAGCUUAAACAUUUCCCUCCUCCUCUUCUUCCUCCUUUUGAACAUUCUCUCCUCCUCUUCCUCCUAACUUCUAAAUUCAAAAACCCUCCACUCCUUCUCUUCUUCUUCCUCCCAUUCCACACAGCCUCCCCCCACACUCCACAUACAUUCUGCAUUCCACUGCCCUCCCCCUCAAUGCGUCCCAUCCACCCCAUGAUAGUUAUUGUGGUUCGUAACAAAGAAAAAAAGAGAAAAAAAGAAAAAAAAGUGAAAUAUUGAAAAGUUUGUGUUGAUUUUGUUUCUUUUCUCGUACGAUGUUUAGUGUGUGAAUCAUUAAGGUUUAUUAUUAUUAUUAUUAUUAUUAUUAUCAUUACAUUCCUGCCGUCAGUCUGUGCGCCGACCCUUUAUCAAAAAUGUACCUGCACAAAAUAUACUUAGUUAUUAUUAUUAUCAUUAUUAUUAUUAUUAUUAUUAUUAUUAUUACUCUUAUUUUUAGUGUUAUUAGAAGAAUUUCAGUGAUACUUUUAAUACUCUGGUGGUGAAAUAAAGUAGAUUUUUGAUGGUAAUUUUUCGAAUUAAAGAAAAGUAGGUUGAAAUAUUGAUUGUAAA